AUGGAGAAGAAAGAAGUAGAAAUGAACGGUCUUCGCCGAAUUGCAUUCCUCGGAAUUGCACUCUCGACGAUAGCCACUCUGGUUGCCGUCAUCUCGGUGCCAAUGCUCUAUAACUACAUGCAACAUGUUCAAUCGAUCAUGCAAAACGAAGUCGACUUCUGCACAUCACGUUCCGGAAAUAUCUGGAGAGAAGUCACCCGCACUCAAUCUCGCUCGAAACGUCAAGCAAACGCAUGCUGUGGUUGUGGAGUUUCACCACCUGGACCAGAAGGACCACCAGGUCCAGACGGUAAAGAUGGUGCUGAUGGAUUACCGGGAAUAGCGGGACGCGAUGGCUUCGAUGGACCUGCAGCAACCCGACCACCUAAGAUCGAGUGGUGCUUCGAUUGCGCUCCAGCUCUUGCUGGACCACCCGGAAGACAAGGACCAGUCGGACCUCUAGGCCAAUCUGGACAAAAUGGUCAAGACGGAGCUGCCGGACUCCCCGGACCAGCUGGUUCUCAAGGACCACCUGGACCAGUAGGACCUUUAGGCCCUCCAGGACCAAGGGGACCUUCAGGCUCACCAGGAAUUAUCAGCAAUGCUCCAGGACAACCUGGACCGCCAGGACCAGCUGGACCUCAAGGAGCUCCAGGAGCCGAUGGACCACCGGGCCCACGCGGAAAUCCUGGAUACCAAGGACCUCAAGGACCACCCGGAGACAGUGGUGUCGACGGAAAGGCUGGUCUACCAGGUGCAGAUGGAGCUCCAGGUGCCAAUGGAGCCGCAGGUGUCGAUGGUGGAUGCGAUCACUGCCCACCACCUCGCACAGCCCCAGGAUAUUAA